UUUCAACAGCACACGAGAUGUCUGUAAAUUACGGAGUUCCUCGACAGACUAUAAGUAAGAGUCGCUGCAUCCCCGGAAACAUCAAAAGGCUGUCACCUUCAAUAUUGACAAGGCCUCCGAUAAUUACUUGGAGACCAUUAAAAACAUCAGAAAGGUGAACGUGUGACUAUUGCACACCCCGAUCGAUUAGAAAAUGGAAUUGGUGGCACCAGACUGGCUGAACGCUGAAUUUAUUCAGCGAGUUUUGAAGAAUUCGGAGAACGAUGAUAGCAUUGAAAUAACCGAGAUGACAACCAAGCCCGCGACUAACAAAGGUGACAAUUAUACGAGCGACAUGCAUCGUUCUACAGUUGAGUUCACACGCGAUGAGGGCGGCAGAAAGGUCACAGAAAAACGUUCGAUAAUAGUGAAGGUGGCACCUACGACAGAGGGACAGCAAAAGGACUUGGUCGAACAGGCUGAUCUCUUCGGGGUUGAAAUCCAGAUGAUGACGACAACACUUCACGAGAUGCAGGUCCUCCUGCCGGAGACUAAGAUAAGUGGAAAAUGUCUCUAUACACAGAGUAAAAAUCCUCCACUCUUAGUCAUCGAGGAUCUUGCGCCUCUGGGAUUCCGUAUGGCCGAUCGAGAAGCCGGUUUAGAUCUCGACCAUUGUAUCCUGGCUGUGAGAGGAUUAGCUAAAUUCCACGCUAGCUCCAUUGCAGUCUAUGAAAAGUCACCAGAAUGUAAGACCCGUUAUAACAGAGGCAUCUUCAACACUGACAAUCCACCGGAAAUGAGAACGUUCUUCACGAACGGUAUGAAGAGUCUCGGUAGAGCUGUGGAACACUGGCCGAAGCUUGGUACAUUAUACGCCGAUAAGAUUGCCAAAGUGGCAGAUGUCGUAUAUGAGAGAGCAUCGAACUGUCGAAUCCCCAAUGAAUCUGACUUCAACGUGAUAAAUCACGGCGAUUUCUGGGUCAACAACAUGCUCUUUGCCUACGACGACAAUGGCAAAGUCACGAGGCACAUUUUCGUGGAUUUUCAACUUUGCGUUUACGGUUCACCGGCAAUUGAUCUCAAUUAUUUUCUCAAUACAAGCCCAUCGGAGACUGUGCUCUUAAGUCACCGGGAUCAUCUCAUAGACGAAUACCUCAAAGUCUUAACUGCGACAAUGCGGAGGAUCGGUUGUAAAGUCGAGCCACCAAGCUUGGAUGAACUGAAGGAAGCCGUAUAUAGGAUGGAGGUGUACGGUAUGCUCGCUGCUUGCACCAUCCUGCCGAUAGUUCUCGUCGAUAAGAAGGAAGCUCAGAACCUCGAUGAGAUCAUGGGACAGGAUGAGGCGUCGUUCAAUAACAAAGCGUACGAGAAUCCCAAGUAUAAGGAGACCAUGAGCAGGAGAUUGCCAAAGUGGGAAGCCAUGGGCCUCCUCGACUAUCUGUCACUCAAUCUGCGCUUGACGUUCGAGAGCGGCGGUCAUAAAAUGUCAAAGCUGCGGAUUGAUGCUGGCCUUAUUGAAAAAAUUGUUCGAGAAUUUAAACAGGUUGACACUAUCCGCGUAAUCGAUGUGAAUUUAAAGGGAAUCGGUGCAAAAGGCGACAAUUACACGAGUGAAGUCAGUCGGCUAUUGGUCAAGUAUGGAGUUGGAAAAAAUGGCAAUGAAGUUGAAGAGGAAUUAUCACUCUUCGUGAAGCACAUGCACACUUUUGAAAAUGAACAGAUGAGCCAAUGGAUUCAUGCUGUGUACCUCAACGAGAUGGACAUCCUGGCAGGUCCACUUAGGAGAAUGCAAAACGUCAUGAACACACCCCGAAUAGCGAAACUGUUAUACAGUCAUGCGGAAAAACCAUAUUUCGCUAUUAUGGAGGACUUGGGCGUUCUCGGUUUUUCAAUAGCGAACCGAGCGACCGGAUUGGAUUUACAACAUGCAUCGAUAGCGAUUCGUAGUCUUGCGCAAUUUCACGCAGCCUCUGUGGUAAUCACUGAAAAGAAUCCUGAAUACAAGCUGCAAUUUAGAAAUAAUCUCUUUAGCAGUGAAGAGGAUAGUUCCGCCGAUUUUCUCGUUAACGCUUUGACGUCACUUGCCAUUACGAUUGCAGAGUGGAAGGAGCUCGACGCAAAAUACGCGAGAAAAUUGAAGAACCUCACGAAAGUCGUAUUCGAGAAAACACGAAAGGCAUUUAGUUCAUGGGAAAAUGAAUUCGCUGUUCUCACUCAUGGGGAUUGUAGUCAAUUGAAUAUCAUGUUUGCAUACGAUGCAGCAGGCAAUCCUAAUAAAGUUGCAUUGGUGGACUUCCAGUACGCAUGUUACAAUUCUCCAGUAGUCGAUCUGCGUUACUUCAUAUCAACGAGUACCACAGAAGCUGUCCAAGACCUCCAGUUCUCCCUCUUAGAAGAAUAUCACUCGGAAUUAUCGAAAACGAUGAAGCAUCUGAAUUGUACAGCUGAUCCUCCGUCAUUGGAGGCACUUCGCAAGAUGUACGAUGACAGGAUAUUCGUCAGUGCAAUAUCCACCUGUCUGGUUGAGCCUAUCAUGCACGCUUCGUCAUGCAAUGUCGUCUCUGUGGAUACAUUGAUAAAUGAUGUUGACGGAAUAAAACGACUCUAUCAGAGAGAUGACUACCGGAAGCGUCUGACGAGUCUUCUGCCGGAAUAUGACAGACUUGGACUACUUGAUCCUUGAGGUGGCAUCUGAAUAAAUCUUAUUUCGAGCUAUACAGCUUUAAAUUCAGUACAUUAUUGAAACGAAUUAUACCCAUAGUCAAAUAAACAAUAAUCAUUUAGAA